AUGGCACAAAGCCAGAGGUCCCGGUACCUGAAAACCGGAGCCAUCGUGGGCGCCUUGUUUUUGAUGAUCCUUUGGCUCUCACCAUCGAAGCCAGCAGUGACAGGCUUUGGCCGCGAGAAAUCCCCCGCUGGCGCCGCUCCUCUAACGGACAAAUGUACUAAGCCACAUGAUCCCUCGAAACCAUUGAUUCAGUACGCUCUUAUGAUCGAUGCUGGCAGUCAGGGCUCUCGAAUCCAUGUCUAUCGGUUCAACAACUGCGGCCCUACUCCCGAGCUUGAACACGAGGAAUUUGAGCAGACCGAGAAGAAGAAGGGCGGUUCCGGACUGAGCUCAUACAAGGAGGAUGCCGAAGGAGCAGCCAAGAGUCUUGACCCUCUCAUGCAGGUUGCAAUGAGGACCGUUCCCGAAGAGUACAAAUAUUGCUCUCCAGUCGCCGUCAAGGCUACUGCCGGUUUGCGAAUGCUUGGACCAGAGAUGAGCCAGAACAUCCUGGAAGCAGUAAGGAAUCGCCUGGAGACUGUCUAUCCCUUUCCCGUUGUUUCUCGUGAGAAGGGGGGCGUUGAGAUUAUGGAUGGAUCCGACGAGGGUGUUUACGCAUGGAUUACAACAAACUAUCUUCUCGGAAAGAUCGGCGGCCCAGAUGAAACGCCGACCGCUGCAAUCUUUGACCUAGGUGGUGGUUCUACUCAGAUUGUCUUCCAGCCCACAUUCGAAAAGAGCAAGUCAGGUGGUAUGCCGGAACGCUUAGCUGACGGCGAUCACAAGUAUGAGCUCCAGUUCGGUGGACGGGGCUUUGAUCUGUACCAACACUCUCACCUUGGAUACGGUCUCAUGGCUGCACGUGAAGCCAUUCACAAAGCUGUCGUCGAGGGUAAAAUGGCCUCCAGUGGAAACGAUAUGGCUUGGUUGAAGCAGCCCAUUGCUAAUCCCUGUAUUGCACCUGGUAUGGAGCGCGAUGUGGAUGUGAAAUUCGACAAUGAGCACCCACUCGGACCAAAGGUGACUGUCAAGAUGGUUGGCCCACAGGACGGAUCUUCUUCGCCUGCCCUUUGCCGCGGCUUCGCGGAGAAGAUCCUAAAGAAGGAAGCUGAAUGCAAACUCGCCCCUUGCUCCUUUAAUGGUGUUCAUCAGCCCUCCCUUGAGAAGACAUUUUCCAGGGAAGAUGUUUAUAUCUUCUCCUACUUCUUUGACCGCACCAAGCCCCUGGGCAUGCCUGACUCUUUCACUUUGGAGGAGUUGCACCAGCUCACGUCCACUGUCUGCGCCGGCGAAUCGUCGUGGAAGAUUUUCGAAGGCAUGGGAGAAGCCAUGGCCGAGUUGCGCGACCGUCCUGAGUGGUGUUUGGAUUUGAACUUCAUGCUUGCUCUGCUGCACUCUGGCUACGAGAUGCCGUUGUCCCGCGAAGUUAAGAUCGCCAAGAAGAUUAAAAAUAACGAACUUGGCUGGUGUCUAGGCGCAAGCUUGCCUCUUCUGAGCCAGGAAUCUGGAUGGACUUGCCGCGUGAAGGAAGUCUCUUAA